UUCCAGUUUGUAAAUUAGCGGCCUACGAACUACAAGCUUGGCGCAAAUUAAAAGUUGCAUCUUUAUCAUCAGUUUCAAUUUUAAUUUAUGAAGUCAUGCAAAAAUGCCACGAAACAAUGAAAUUUAAUUAAAAUGGAUAAAGGUGGAAAGAGUCGUCGAAAAAAUCCACGAGAAGAGGCCAACUUGUUCUCCGUAUUUACAUUCGCGUGGGUUUUCAAAUAUUUUCGAAUCGGAUUUAAGCGAGAUAUUCAAGAAGAUGAUCUUUUUUCACCACUGAAAAGUCACUCAAGUCAAUAUUUAGGUGAAAAAUUAGAUUAUUUAUGGACGAAAGACGUAAUGCAAUCUAAGAAAGAUCCCAGGCUUAAACCAAGUCUAUGGAGGGCGCUUCUAAAGUGUUUUGGAGCCGAAAUACUGAGGGUGGGAGUAUGCCAAUUAUUUUUGGAAAUUUUCAUCAAACUUCCUCAGCCAAUUUAUUUGAGCAAAUUGCUAAAAUAUUACAAUAAAAAGAAUGAGAUCUCUACCACAGAGGCAUGUUAUUGGGCUGGGGCCUUAGUUUUGAGCCUCCUUAUAUCUGGACCAUUGUUCCAAUUUAUAAAUUUAUAUAUGGUUCAUUUAGGAAUGAAGUUUAGAGUUUCUUGUUGUUCCUUAAUUUACAGAAAAGUUUUGAGAACAUCAAGAUCUCCUAAAGUGCAAACAACAGCUGGCAAGAUAGUGAAUUUUUUGAGCAACGAUGUUAAUACUUUGGAUUUGACUUUGAUUUCCUGCAAUUUUUUGUGGAUUUCACCCAUCAAGACCGUGAUUAUACUGUAUCUAAUUUACCAGGAAGUGGAACUAUCGGCUAUUCUUGGAACAUUGGUUGUGGUAAUGUUAAUUCCGAUUCAAGGUUACCUAGCCACAUUUGUAAGAAAAAUAAGUUUUAAAGCUGCACUAAAGACUGACGAAAGACUUCGCAUCAUAAACGAGAUUAUUAUGGGAAUGCAAGUCAUCAAGAUGUAUGCCUGGGAAAAACCUUUUGCUUGCUUGGCUAAUACUGCAAGGGCGGAAGAAAUAAGUAUAAUAAGAAAUUCUCUUUUCUUGGACAACACUGUGUUGUCAGUGCAUUGGUAUACAGCAAGAAUUAGCAUCUUUAUCACUAUCGUGAGUUAUAUUCUACUUGGAAACAAAAUCACAGUAGAGAAGGCUUUCAUGAUAACUGCAUUCUUCAAUGAUCUAAAAUUCUGUCUAAAUCUACUAUUCACUUACAGUUUGCAACGUAUUGCACAGUCAAGUGCUUGCAUUGAACGAAUUCGAACCUUCCUAAUCAGUGAAGAACUACAAAAUCAUGAUAUUGAAAACCAUGAAAAUGUAUGCAAGGUUCAGCCUCGUGGUGAAUCCACAAUAUUCGAUCUCCAACUAACAAAUAUAUCAGCAAAAUGGGAUCCAGACUCGAAUGAAAAGUCUCUCAAGAACAUUAAUUUUUCAGCGAAUGCUGGAUCCCUAACAGCAAUAAUUGGCCAAGUUGGUUCAGGAAAAACAAGUCUUCUUCAUCUGAUCUUAGGAGAACUUCCUCUUGAAAGUGGCACAAUUCAAACUAAUGGAAAAAUAGUUUAUGUGAGCCAAGAACCAUGGAUCUUUGCAUCCAGCAUCAGACAAAAUAUCCUCUUUGGUCAACCAUUGAACAAAAGUCGAUACGACAAAGUGAUUAAGGUUUGCCAACUGGAAAGGGAUUUAUCACUUUUUCCUCACAAAGAUCAGACAAUGAUUGGAGAAAAGGGUAUUAAUUUGAGUGGCGGUCAAAGAGCAAGAAUAAAUCUUGCUCGAGCUGUUUAUGCAGAAGCUGAUAUUUAUCUUCUUGAUGACCCACUCUCAGCUGUUGAUAUUCACGUGGGCAGAUACAUUUUCGAAGAAUGCAUUUGUAAAUAUUUAAAAGGAAAAACUCGAAUUUUAGUAACCCAUCAGCUUCAGUAUCUUCAAAAAGUAGACCAAACUUAUGUUUUUGACAGUGGUUCUGUUAUAAUGAGCGGAACCUUCGAAGAUUUGAAACACUCGAACUUAGAAUUUUUCUCGUUCGUGCAAAGUGAUGAUUAUGAUGAAAAGAAGGAAUAUUUUGAUAAUAAAGUGUUGCCUUCAGAAUUUGAGACACUAGAUAUAGUUUCUGAGCAGGAACAAGAAGGUGCAGUUGAACAUAGAACGAUGGGAAGCCUGUCCAAAAAAGUUUAUCUCUCUUAUUUUCAAGCAGCUGGAAGUGUUUGGAUCUUGAUUCUGGUCUUUAUUCUUUCUAUCUUGAUGCCGGUUGUCAUCAAUUGUGCAGAUUAUUUUUUACCUUACUGGGUGACUUGGAUGGAAGAACAUGAUAAUAACUUAUUGACAUAUAAUUUGGAAGGAAAAACAGAUGAAAGAAAUUUAGGGUCCGAUGGUUAUUGGUUCAUUUAUACCUACGCUGGAUUAGUAGUCGCAACAGUUGUUAUGAUUUUUCUUAAACAUUUUACGUUCCUUCUAAUGUGCAUGAGGUCAUCGAAAAAAAUUCAUGCUUCUGUCUUCCAGAGUAUUAUUCGCACUACGAUGGCUUUUUUUCAUGAUAAUGCAUCUGGAAGAAUUAUGAAUAGGUUCUCUAGAGACAUGGGAUUGAUGGACAAGUUUUUGCCUCAAUCCAUGAACGAUAUGUCAUCAAUGCUAAGCUGCGUUUUUGGAGUGAUGAUUUUGUCUGUUGUUAUCAAUUAUUGGCUGCUGAUACCACUUUCGUUCGCACUGUCAGUUUUGUUUUUAUUUAGGACAAUUUAUUGGAGAACUAGUCGCAGUGUCAAACGUUUGGAAGGAAUAAUGAAAUCGCCAAUCUUCAAUCAUCUGAAUGCUACACUUGACGGUAUCACAACAAUUAGAGCUUUUAAAUCAGAAAAGCUUCUAAUCAAAGAGUUUGAUGACCAUCAAGAUUUGCAUUCCUCAACUUGGUACCUUUUCAUCGCCUGCAAUCAAACUUUUUGCUACUAUAUAGAAGUGACAUUUGGAAUUUAUCUUGCUCUUAUUAUAGUUUCUUUCCUAGUAUUCAACGAUAGUACUUCAAAUGGAAACAUCGCCCUCAUUAUCGCCCAAACGAUGUCAAUUUCAGUUUUACUGCAAUGGGGGAUGAAUCAAUCUGUAGAUGUAGAAAACCACAUGACAGCAGUCGAAAGAAUCUUAGAAUACACACGAAUUCCAGAAGAGCCGUCACUCGACAGCAAACCUGAAAAUAAACCACCAAAAAACUGGCCCUCAGAAGGAAAAGUUGAAUUCAGAAAUGUAUGCUUAAAAUAUAGGCCAGAAGAUUCUUCAGUCUUAAAGAAUUUGAAUUUCAUUAUAGAACCCAAGGGAAAAGUAGGGAUCGUUGGAAGAACAGGUGCCGGGAAAUCUUCAAUGAUAGCAGCUCUUUUCCGCUUGGCAUAUUUGGAAGGCGAAAUUUAUAUUGAUGGGCUUGGAACCAGUAGUUUAAGUUUGCACGAUUUGAGGUCAAAAAUUAGUAUUAUUCCCCAGGAGCCUAUUCUUUUUGCUGGAACUUUGAGAAGAAAUCUGGACCCAUUUGACGAAUAUUCUGAUAAUGAUCUUUGGCAAGCACUGAUAGAAGUUGAAUUAAAGGCUGUUAUUGAUAAAACGUUGGCUGGCUUGUACACUAUAGUCACUGAUGGUGGGACUAAUUUUAGUGUUGGGCAAAGACAGCUUCUUUGUCUAGCAAGAGCUGUCAUUAGAAAAAACAGGAUUCUAGUUCUUGAUGAAGCAACGGCUAAUGUUGAUCCUCAAACUGAUAGUUUGAUUCAAAAAACGAUUAGAAGAAUAUUUGCAGAUUGCACCGUCUUUAUAAUUGCACAUAGAUUAAAUACUGUGAUGGACUGUGGUCAAUUUAUUGUGAUGGACGCAGGUAGCAUAGUGGAGUUUGACCAUCCACAUAUCUUGCUGCAAAAAGAGAAAGGUUACUUACAACAAAUGGUUCGACAAACUGGGCCUAAAAUGGCAGAAAUUCUCAAAAGAAUAGCAGAAACGAGUUACCGAAAGAGCCGGCAGAGCACCAAAUGAUAAAAAAUAUAUUUGUAAUUGCACAAAUUAAGAUAGUAAAAAAAAAACAGCAAUUUUUACUGAAUUAACUUCGUGACUUUGUAUUAUUUACGAACUGUAAUUUAUAAAGUCCUUAACUGAAUAUAAAUAUCCGGCUAGAUCAGAUUAAAAACGUUUCAAUUCAUUAAUAUUUUUAACAAUAGAGUCUAGAUAUACUAGAUUAUUCUUGAAUGAUCUUGAAUAUUAUUCUAUUCUUGAAAUUAUAUGGACUUUUAUAAACUACUAUGGAAUUUGUUGGAAUGUUCCACAAUAGAAUAUUUUACAACUAACUAACUUAUGGCUAGAGCGUAGAAGGCUGUAAGAUUGGUUUCGCUCUUUGUGCUGGCGUAUGAAUCACAGUGUAUCCGGGAAUGGAAAUUUCUUUCACUUGAAAAUAUGGAAUAGAAUAUGAUAUCUGCCGGCACAAUAUCAAGUGAGGGUGAGCGUAUUCAAAGCUUCUCGGAAAUAUCAUAAAUAAUAUUGAUUACUUAAUAAAUGUCACCUUGAAAGACUCAUUUCACACCAUACUGUCGUGGACUUGUACCACUGUGUAACUCAUCAAAUAAAGUUUCCAUAUCUACGGAUAUAGCCAUUAAACAAAAUAAAGGAUAAUUCCUAAUUAGACGGUCAUAUUUUUGGCCGUCUAUACGAUCCGUGCAAUCCAUACGAUCCAUAUGAUCCAUACGGUCAAAAUCGGCUAUAUUUGGAAAGAAUAGUGGAAUCUUCUGUUCAGUGAAUUUACAAGUGAUAUCAUUGAUUAUAAGGUGAUAUUCUUCUUCGAUUCAGUGAAUUCAUAAGUGAACAACUCCUCAUCUUCUACCGCAAGUAGCAAUGCCGAAACAGCUUAUGAUUACGAUUAUGUGGGUACGUUGGUC